CGUCACCGCCUUAAGAAAUGGGACCACUGGUGCAAAUGGACGUUACUUUCAGCCCCACAAGCGUCACGCAUUUGAUGUAUUUCACACACGCGCACCUUCCAACCCAUCAGAGACAGGUCAAUUGGAAACCCCCACCCAGCCCUCCUCUCCUUUCUCACGCAUCAAGACACGGACGAUCGUCUGCCCAGCCACCAAUUUGAUUUGACGAACGUCCCAGGUCACGAGACGUCUGGCACGCACGCACGCCGCCUAUAAAAGCGGCAGGACGUUCUCCGACCAGGCAGCCAAACGCAACGCGACUUGCAGGAGAGGAAGCUGCGCGUAACGGCACAAGUGCGUCCCAGACAUGGAGAGGUCCCUCCGGUUUGCUUUGGUGUGCUUUGCAGUGUCCCUGCUCAUCUCGUGUCACCCCGUCCGAGCCUGGUACAAGCAGUCCACCGGGCCCGCUUACUACUCAGUGGGGCGCGCCUCGGGUUUGCUCUCUGGAAUCAGGAGGUCGCCUUAUGUGCGCAGGUCCGAGUCCCAAGAAACGUCAAUGGACAGCGGGGAGACGAUCGGCGUCAACGUUGUUCCGGAAACGACCAGGCAGGUCUCCUUGCUCAAAAGUAUGGCUAUUUGCGUGAAGAACAUCUCCCCGAACCUGAAGAGCUGCGAGUUGCUGCGGGACGGUACCGGCACCUUCCAGUGCAAGGCGGACGUCUUCCUCACCGUGGACUCGCUGGACUGCCUGUCCGCAUGAGUCCACAGCGCGCUCAUCUUGUAAAGGAGGCUCGUUGUCGCCCAUUACAGAGCCCUGAAUGUUUUGGGUUUCUUUCUUUCCUUAUUUAAAGGUGCAAUUAUGUUUCAUUGAGCGAAUAUUCCAUUAGAAUGAAUUCACUGCAAAGUUUGUUUGGCGCAUGUGAGAAAGUUCAUUCCUGUCAAUUACUU